AUGCCCGGCUUUGCGAAAAGAAAACGGAACGAGGACGCGCCCGCCGCGGUAGCUGCGUCGUCUUCGAAGAAAGUCCGACCGUCGAAUGCGCCCGCGAAGAAGGCUGCGGCGAAGCCAGCACCACCGCCAGAGCCCGAGUCCAGCGAUGACGACGAAGAGGAACAAGAGGAGGAUGGUUCAGACAGUGCUGGAUAUCAGAGUGCUGCAAGUCACCCUGCAUCUGAGGGAGAAGCGGAUGCUCCUACAGCUGGUGCAGACGAGGCGAAGAAGACGUUCGCUGACCUAGGCGUACGAGAAGAACUUUGCGAUGCCUGCGAAAACCUCAAAUUCAAGAACCCGACGCCCAUUCAGGCCCAGGCUAUACCUCUAGCGCUUGAGGGACGCGAUGUCAUUGGACUUGCUGAAACGGGAUCUGGAAAGACAGCUGCAUUCGUCCUCCCCAUCCUCCAGGCGCUGCUGGAGAAACAACAACCACUCUUUGGGCUGAUUCUGGCGCCGACGCGAGAGUUGGCAUACCAGAUUUCACAACAGGUGGACGCUCUCGGCAGCAUCAUCAACGUCAAGUGUGCGACGCUGGUCGGAGGCAUGGACAUGGUCCCUCAAGCCAUUGCUCUGUCCAAGAGGCCUCAUAUCAUCGUUGCCACGCCCGGACGUUUACUCGACCACCUGGAAAAUACCAAGGGCUUCUCCCUGAAGCACCUCAAGUACAUGGUUCUCGACGAAGCCGACCGAUUGCUCGACCUUGACUUUGGCCCCGUACUGGACAAGAUCUUGAAGGUUCUCCCUAGGGAGGGACGGCACACAUAUCUGUUCUCAGCUACCAUGAGCAGCAAAGUCGAAAGCCUGCAACGAGCUGCCCUGCAAAAUCCCGUCCGCGUGAGCAUCAGCAGCUCAUCGCACCAGGUUGUUUCGACGCUGCUCCAACGAUACAUCUUCCUCCCACACAAGAACAAGGACCUGUUCCUCAUCCAUCUCUUGAACGACAACAUUGGCCACCCCACCAUCAUCUUCACCCGUACCGUCAACGAGACACAACGCAUAGCAAUCCUCCUCCGCACUCUGGGCUUUGGCGCUAUUCCUCUUCAUGGUCAGCUUUCGCAGUCCGCCCGUCUGGGUGCGCUCAACAAGUUCAAGUCCAAGAGUCGUGACAUUCUCGUAGCCACCGACGUAGCAGCCCGUGGUCUGGAUAUCCCCGCUGUCGAUCUCGUUGUCAACCUCGACCUGCCCAGUGAUUCACAGACAUAUGUUCACCGCGUUGGCCGAACAGCACGUGCCGGAAAGUCGGGUAAGGCGGUUUCCUUUGUCACACAGUACGAUCUAGAGAUCUGGCUACGCAUUGAAAACGCGCUCGGCAAGCAAAUUCCUGAAGAAGUCAUCAACAAGGAUGAGGCAAUGGUAUACAUGGAGCGAGUUAGUGAUGCACAGAGGAUAGCAGUCAGAGAAAUGAAGGAUCUCCACGAGCAGAGGGGUAAGGGUGGCCGCGGAGGUAGAGGUGGCGGUCGGGGUCGCGGCGAAGGCGGAAGAAGAGGACGUGACCAAAUGGAUGCGGAGGAAGGUUAAGACGGAGACUAUAUUCUUCGUGCAUGCCUUUGGAGUUUGGUGUUUCCGUGUAUACCCUGCAAGCUGCGCGAUACUGUCAAGUCUUGGAGGAGAUGGAAGUCUCGGCCAGGCGCGAAAAGUUAUGUCUGUUGUGAUGUUUUGGCGGGCGAGCGAUUUGUGUUGGUAAUG